ACACAUGUAUAUAUUAAGUUUAACCAAACGCCUCAUUAAAUUGAUCCACCACACAAAUUAUAUGAUCGAUAACCAUAUGUUACGGAAGAUCAAUUAAGUGUCGUGUAAAUACGGUAUCAUUCACGAGUAUACACGACGUAUAUGGGCUGUCUGAGCAAAACGAUUAUACUAUAGAAGAUAAAGUGAAUAUUGCGCAAAGCUGAGUAAACUUGUGACGGGGAGUGCGCGUGACUUUACACUGUAAAUACUAAGGAAGUAAUUCAGACCUGCAUACUAGAGACAAAAUCUGUAACGUAUAUUUCCGGUACCACAAAAUUUGACAGUAUGUCUGGCGAGUGGAGCAACAGUCUGUUUGGAUGUUUCAAUGAUUUUGGGAUCUGUAUCAUCACUUACAUUAUCCCGUGCUACUCGUUCGGGAAGAAUGCGGAGGCGGUGGGGGAGAGCUGCUGCUGCUGUGGCGUGGCCUAUCUCUUCCCUGUACUUCACCUCGUGGCGGGAACUUCAAUAAGAGGCAAAGUGCGACAAGAGAAGGGAAUUCUAGGAUCAAUGAUCGGAGACUUUCUGACCGUUCUGUUUUGUCCAUUUUGUGCAAUAGUCCAAGAAGCUCAGGAACUCCGGGGGGAUCGUCUGAUGGGAAUGGCCAGAGAAUGAAUGACCAGCGGUCAAUACAAAAAUGUUAAUUACUGGAUAUUAUAGCUAUACAACGUGUGCCUUCUAGUUUAUCAUAUUAUUCAAUGUUGAUACGUGGUUGUAUGUGGGAAUUCUAUUGGGAUAUAGAAAUUGUCGAGAGACUUUUUUUUUUCGAGAGAUCAACAUUGUCAAAUUCAUGUGUGCAGUUUUCAUUACAUUUUGUAAUAAUGACCAAGAUUAUUCGUGGCUUUGUAAUCUCGUGGAAUUACGCGAAAAUAAAAGUCUCUUAUUUUAAAUGAACAUACUGGUGGAUGUGGUGAGAUUUAAAAGAGAAAUCCAUGCUCUUCAUUCUUUGUGUAUUUAUACUGGUUAACAAAAACAAUAGUAUUAAAAUGUAUUUAUGAUACACUA